AUGGCGAGCAAGAAGCAGAAAGACCACAAGUGCCCCGGGUGCGGCGCCACGCUACAGAGCGACGACCCGCACUCCAUCGGCUACAAACCUCCGCAAGUGCUGAAGCAAGAGGAGCGGGGCUUGGCUCCGGUGUGCCAGCGUUGCCACAGCCUGCGGCACCACGGCAUCGUUACUCCGCUCAAGGUCCCGUACGAGGAGGUCAAGGAGCACCUCAAGCUCAUCUCCGACCAGUCCUGCCUGGUGGUCAAGAUCGUGGACAUCUUCGAUUUCAGCGGCAGCUUCAUCAACGACUUUCGCGGGAUCACCGGCAACAACCCCGUCGUCCUUGUCGGCAACAAGUUGGAUCUGCUGCCGGUCGGAGCGAAGCCGGAGAGGAUUCAGAUCUGGCUCAAGCGGCUGGCGACGGAGAUGGGCCUCAAGAACGUGCGAUCCGUGCAUCUGAUCUCGGCUAAGUCGGGCGAGGGCGUGCACUCGUUGUCUCGGAAAAUAGAGCAGCUGCGCAAGGAGCGGGACGUCUACGUGGUCGGUUGCACCAACGUGGGCAAAAGCACGCUCAUCAACCGACUCAUUUCCAUCAACACCAAGGGUACCUACAAUUCACUCACGGUCCACAUUGUACAAGGCCCGAAGAAGAGGAAUCUGAUCACCACGUCCAUCGUGCCUGGCACUACGCUCAACCUCAUCUCUUUCCCUCUCGGCGGCAAGAAGGCUUUCAAAAUGGGCAAGCGGGCCUUCCUCUACGACACGCCGGGCGUGAUCAACAAGCACCAGAUGGCCAACCUGCUCAAUAUGGAGGAGCUGAGCAUCACGCUGCCCAAGCGCCGAAUCCAGCCCGUCACCUAUCGCCUCGUGCCCGGCAAGGCGCUCUUCUUCGGCGGGCUGGGCCGGCUGGACUACGUCGAUGGACCCGGCCCGCUCUAUCUCACGCUCUUCCUCUCCAAGGAGCUGAAGGUGCACCCGACGUCCAUCGCCAAGGCCGACGACGUCAUGUCCAAGCACGCGGGCACCUUGCUCGUGCCCCCGCUCGGCGAAGAGCGGGCCAAGCAGCUGCCCGAGUUCAUCGCCAAGGACAUCCACAUCGAAGCCGAUGAGGAGCGUGGAGGACUCAAGAAGUCGUUCGCCGACAUCGUGUUCUCGGGGCUCGGCUGGACCUCGCUCGUGACGCCCACCUUCGACCGGGACAUCCACCUCCGCUCCCUGUCGCCCGAGGGCGUUGGCAUCUUCCUGCGAGAGCCCCUGAUGCCGUUCGAGAUCGAGAAGAGAAAGCAGACGCCGGGAGGCAUCAAGAAGCACGGCAAGGUGCCCAAGCCCGGCACGCAACCGCGCACCCGCGACGACUUUGGCGAACAAGCCGAAGAGGAAAUGCGACGCACUGCCGGGAGUGGUCGGCCGACACCAACGAAAACGGAAGAAGAAGACUACGACGACGACGACGACUUCGAGGACGCAUUCGCGGAUGGCGAUGAUGACGAAGACGACUCGAUCGACGAGGUGCACGGUGUCACCGACGCCCAGGGUGCGCAGAAGACGACGAAAGGUGGUCAGCAGCAACAGCAGCAACAGCAGGGGGAGAAGAAGAAGAGGAUGUCGGAGCGAAGAAAGCGGAGGCAGGCCUUCCUUGCCCGCAACCGCAACCCGGCCUGGCGAUCCGCCAUCCGCCUCCGCAAGGGCAAAGGCAAAGACAAGGGCGCCCAGCCCCUCGGCGGACCCGACUCCCCGCUCCAGCCGCUCUCCUAA